AUGGAUAACACAGUAAAAAACCCCAACGGACUGGGGGACUCUGCGGAGAACCCCAGUCCUUCCAUGAAAAUGGACAUCGUGGAGGAGGCACAGGGCUCAGCAAAUGCCGGGCACAGUGACUCCUCCAAAGAUAUCAUGAAGGAGGCACAGGGCUCGACAAAUGCCGGGCACAGUGACUCCUCCAAAGAUGAUGGAAGGAAGAGGAACCGCAGUGGUGCUACAAAGAGACGGGCCCGAAGAGCCAAACUGGCCCUAGGGACCCAGGCUCUGGAGCAAAACUGCGGGACUACUCCUCCCACCAUCUCCGUGGCCAAAGUGGAGGAGGACCCCAAGGGAAAAAGCAAUAAAAGGCCUAGACCCGAGGGGAACACUCCACCAGAGGCUAAGAGUUUGGCCAAAAAGGGCAAGAUAGCCCACAGGUCGAGCGGCUUCAGUGACGCCGUACGGGCGAGCAGGAAGGUGGCAAUAACACCUUCUGGCUACCCUGAGGUGCUACUGAGCCAAGAGACCAGCGACCUGGUAACGCAGGCACUCGUUGGAGCGCUGGAUGCUGUCCCCACAGGACAAGCAGUCCCGUGCUUCGAGGGAUGCCGGUGGGAACAGGGAGUGCUGUGGGUGACUUGCGCCGACGAAGACUCCAAAAAGUGGGUCCUAAGGACAGUCCCAGCUCUCAGGGCUAGGGAGGGUCUCGUUCUCCAAGUGUUGGAGAGGGAGGCUCUUCCUUGGCUCAGGAAGCUGACGGCGGUCCUGGGAACCAACGAAGAGAGCGGAGUGAUUAUGAGAAGACUCGCUCGCCAAAACCCUGGACUCAACACUGAAUUGUGGAGAAUCUGGGACAGACGAACGGUCGGCAAGACCGUUCACCUGGUUCUGGGGGUGGACCAGAAGUCACUGGCGACACUCUCGGGGUGCAAUUACUCACCCCACUUCGGAUUGGGUAGGGCUCGCUUUUACGAGGCCCAAUCCAAAUCCGGAGGGGGGAAAGAGAGUGCUGCCGGGGCUACUGAGCCCACACCCAAAACCGAGCCUCCCAAGGGAGGACUGUCGACGGGAGAGGUCGAGCCGGCCAAGGCUUCGAAUGCCAAGGGCGGCUCGAUCCCUCCAGAGGGACGAAGGACUUCGGUCGCUGCCACCCCGCUGGAGAGCCGAGAGGCCUCCCGUGGAGAGGCACAAGCGACGAAACCGGGUCCUUCUUCCCUAACGACGAUGCAAGGCAUAGGGUCCCUUCUGAAGCCUGCGCGUCUCCUAAUUAGGAGUGCCUCCGAAGAAGAUGGAACGAUCCCCGAGGGACGUUCCAGCUCCAGAGGAAGGCCCACUAAAGCGGAGACGCUAGCUAAAGAAGGGGCCAAAGGGCUUAAGCUGGGUAAGCAAUCUACCCUUGCUCAGGCCCUAGCCAAAUGGGAGAAAGGGUCCGGCACAUUGAAGGAACCAAACACCCAAGGCAAGAGAGAUGAAGAUGGACAUGAAAAUCACUGCAAAGCGGCCUCUGCUUUACUUAGCAGAGACCUAGCAGUGAGGCACACAGAUGUAUCCCUGAUACAAGAACCCUGGACGUACAAAGGGCAAGUAUUAGGGAUAGAACUGAAAGGUGGCAGUCUGGUCUAUGGUGAAUCAGAGCAGGGGCCUAGGGCCUGUAUCUUCAUAAACAGGAAGCAUACAGCGCUCAAGUUGCACCAGUUCUGCACCAGAGACCUGGCUGUUGCCUCAAUAAAAAUUCCCAUAGGAGAAACUAAGGCGGAUAUCAUAAUAGGAUCUGCCUAUCUCCCCUAUGAAGAUACGACGGUGCCCACUGAGGAGGUCAUUAAACUGGUGGAGCACUGCAAAGUCAAUGAUCUGCCACUCAUUGUGGGGUGUGACGCAAACGCACAUCACAUAGUGUGGGGCAGCUCAGACAUUAAUAGAAGAGGCUCAGCAUUGCUGGAGUACCUCUCAACCACAGGCUUGGAAAUCCUGAAUGAAGGAUCCAAACCUACCUUUGUCACUUCUCGAAGGCAAGAAGUGAUCGAUUUAACGCUGGGCUCUCGAAGGAUAGCACAGGAAAUCAGAGGCUGGGAAGUCAGCAAAGAGGAUUCUCUUUCUGACCACAGACAGAUAAACUUUUUAGUGAGAGGCAACAAUAGCAAUGGAACUCGGGACACUUAUAGGAACCCCAAAUCUGCGGACUGGCUCAAAUAUAAAAAAGAGCUAAGAAACAGAUUGGGGAGACCUGUAAGAGGACUGAGGAACGUGCCAAGGAUUGAGCAAGUGGCCGAACACUUGCAACAAGCCAUUGUUCAGUCCUAUGAGAUUGCCUGCCCACUAAAAGUUAGGAAAAGCAGCAAACGGGUGACAUGGUGGAAUGCAAAGCUGAAUAAGCUUCGCACCCUGUCCAGAAAGUUGCUGAAUAAGGCCAUCAAGACAAAAACGGACCAAGACUGGGCAGACUAUAAAGCUGCCCAAAAACUGUAUAAAAAACAUAUCAAGGUCUCAAAACUAGACGCCUGGAGGAGAUUCUGCGGAGAGCUGGAGGACUUACCACUGGUGGCCCGCCUACGCAGAAUCUUUACUUCAGGACCUAAAACAAAACUCGGUGUCCUCACCCUACAAGAUGGUAGAGUGACUGAAAACAACGAGGAAACAUUAGCGCACCUCUGCGAGGUUCAUUUUCCUGGCUCGGAACUCAUGGAACUGGAACAGGAAGAAGCCUCAGAGAAUGCGAUAAUAAAAGCAGUCACGAAACGAGGAGACUGGAGCACAGCCGUCAGAGUGAUAACACCUGAUAGAAUAAGGUGGGCAAUUGGAAACUUUGAAAGGUUCAAGAGCCCAGGGGUGGAUGGGAUCUUCCCGGCUCUCCUGCAGGAGGGAAGAGAAAUCCUCAUCAAACACCUAACUAGACUUUUUAGGGCCUGCCUGGCCCUAAGCUACAUACCGAAGGCUUGGCGUGAGGUCAGGGUUAUACCAAAACAUGGCAAAAGCAGCUAUGACCUGGCCAAGUCCUUCAGACCUAUUAGCCUAACAUCGUUUCUCCUCAAGACAUUGGAAAGACUGGUGGAUAGGCACAUAAGAGAUAAUGCACUAAACGACACGCCGGUGCAUUAUACACAGCACGCAUACCAGGCAGGCAGAUCCGUCGAAACGGCCCUACAUGAUGUGGUUACCUACAUUGAAAGGGCCUUUCGAGGGAAGGAAUCGGUCCUGGGAGUGUUUAUAGAUAUAGAAGGGGCGUUUGACAAUACCCCCUUCGAAUCAAUAUGCGAGGCUACAGAGCUCUUCGGGGUAGAGAAAUCUAUCACCGGUUGGGCUCAUUUUAUGCUUCGCACAAGAAUAGUGACUGCCGGACUCAGUGACACUAGAGUCCGGGCCCGUGUGAGAAGGGGCUGCCCACAAGGUGGGGUUACCUCCCCUCUCAUGUGGAUCCUGGUCAUCAAUGAGCUCCUAGUGGCACUAGAAAACCUAGGAGUAUAUGCUGUAGGCUACGCCGAUGACGUCGCACUGAUGAUUAAAGGCUCAAGCCCGACGGAGAUGAGAUGGAGAACACAACGUGCUCUAGAUCUCAUACAGAAAUGGUGCAUAGGAAAAUCUCUAAGGGUUAACCCCAACAAAACAGAGGUGGUACUCUUCACCAAAAGAAGGAAGCUGAAAAUUACGGCUCCCUCUAUCUUUGGCAUGGAGCUUAAAUUUUCAAAGGAGGUACGCUACUUAGGCGUAACUCUAGACAGUAAGCUCACAUGGAGAAGCCAUAUCGAGAAGCAGACCCAAAAAGCAACUGCCACUUUCUGGGCAUGCAGAAGAAUAUUUGGCAUAACAUGGGGCCUGAAACCAAGACUGAUCAAGUGGAUUUACACGGCGAUCUUGGUUCCACAGCUCACCUUUGCCUCUGUUGUGUGGUGGCCUUCGCUUAAGAAGAACAUCAACAUCAAGGCAUUCCUAAAAGUCUACCGACUGUCGUUGCUAGGGAUAACUGGGGCUCUAAGAACCACAGCUACCUUAGCAAUGGGGGCGCUCCUGAACCUGGAGCCCCCGCAUAUCACUGCAGAAGCUCUUGCUAUGAAAACAGCAAUGAGAUUGCUCUUUAACGGACACUGGACAAGGGCUAGGACGGGACAUGCAGCCAUCCUAAGGGACAGGGGACUCGACAGAUUCCUAACCCAAGGAGGAGACAUGAGCCCUCGAAGCUACCACUUCAGACGUCAAUACAAGGUCCUUAUCCCAAGUAGGCAGGAAUGGGACGAGGAAAACAAGAGCAUCCUGUCCCCCAUAGGGCUAGUCUGGUAUACGGACGGCUCAAAAACGGACAAAGGGGCAGGAGCUGGAAUUUAUAGCAGUGGACCGAAAACAGAAAUCUCUCUGCGGCUAGGGGACACUGCUUCGGUUUUCCAGACAGAGGUAUACGCGAUCUGGGCCUGUGUAGAGCACAUUUCUAAGCUCAACCACAGGAACAAGCACGUGUACAUCUGCAGCGAUAGUUGCGCUGCGCUCAGGGCACUAGAACAAACUGAAGUGUCCUCGAGACUAGUGCGAAAAUGCAUAGACUCCCUAAAUGAAUUAGCAGAGUAUAACAAAGUCAAACUACUGUGGGUACCGGGCCAUAGCGGGAACGCAGGAAAUGACAAAGCAAAUGAGCUGGCGAAAGCGGGAGCUCGUAAAAGAGACCCUGAACCAGUAAUCAGCAUAGCGGUGUCUUUUAGUCUCAUAAAGCAACACGCUUCCCUAUGGACUAAUGACAAGUUUCAGGAAGUGUGGGCAGAGGCAAAAGGCAUGAUGCAUACGAGGGCACUUUUCAAAGGACCCUCCAAGACAUUAGGCUUGUCCUUGAUAGGGCUCGACAAGAAGCUGCUAAGGCUAACUGUCGGGUAUAUCACAGGACACUGGCUAACCGGCAGGCAUCUGAGACGCCUAGGCAUCUCAGAUCACUCGAUGUGCCCCAGAUGCCUAUCGGAGGAGGAAACUCCUCUACAUCUAAUCCUCCAUUGCAGAAAACUGACAACAGCCCGAAAGGACAUACUAGGAUUCUGCGAUGGAGAGUCUAUUGAUAUACAGGAGAUUGGCGUGGGACAGUUGCUUCACUUCUUGAAGCAGACAGGCCUGGCCAAUCUCCAAGCUAUAUAA